AAGCCCAAAGACAAAGGAGCCCGCCCGGCGGGAGAGGAGCGGUCUCUGGACGUCUCCGCGUGCUCCAAGACGCAGGGCUCGGGGACCCGGGAAGCCAGCCGCAGCCCCCUGGAGCGGAUACCCCGGGGCUCCCAAGCUCCGGAGCCGGGCCCCAGGAGGCUCCCUGACAAUUUUCCAUUCGUAAUUUUUAAUUCUUUUUCUUUAAAGUGACAGCCCCAUCUUCCCCCAUCCCCAAAAGGCUGAGCUUCAAGCCUCACAGAUCCUAGCCACCCACCCCCGCGACAAGCCGUCUCUCGGGGCAAGAAACGGCCUGCUAAGGACAAAGAACAGCGGCCUCCAGGCCGGGUUACUGCGGGAUGGCAGGAGCCGGCAAGGCCGGACGCCUAAAAAGCCCGGGAGCCGGCGGCUAGGACGCAGGCUGGGAGGAGAGGGGGAGUCAGAGGAGGCGGCGCCGCAGGAGCGCUCCUCUCCGGGACCUGCCGACCCGGGGAGCCAGGACGUCGCCCCGCACCGCUUCCCUCCUGCAGCUGAGCCGUCCCUUUUCGCCAUGUCCCAGAGCAGGCAUCGCGCCAAGGCCCCGCCGCUGGAGGGCGAGGACAGUGGGACCUUCAGUUUGGGGAAGAUGAUAACAGCCAAGCCAGGGAAAACACCGAUUCAGGUAUUACACGAAUACGGCAUGAAGACCAAGAACAUCCCGGUUUAUGAAUGUGAACGAUCCGAUGUGCAAAUACAUGUACCCACUUUCACCUUCAGAGUAACCGUUGGUGACAUAACCUGCACAGGUGAAGGUACAAGUAAGAAGCUGGCGAAACACAGAGCUGCAGAGGCUGCCAUAAACAUUUUGAAAGCUAAUGCAAGUAUUUGCUUUGCAGUUCCUGAUCCCUUAAUGCCGGAUCCUUCCAAGCAACCAAAGAAUCAGCUUAAUCCUAUUGGUUCAUUACAGGAAUUGGCUAUUCAUCAUGGCUGGAGACUUCCCGAAUAUACCCUUUCCCAGGAGGGAGGACCUGCUCAUAAGAGAGAAUAUACCACAAUUUGCAGGCUAGAGUCAUUUAUGGAAACUGGAAAGGGGGCAUCAAAAAAACAAGCCAAGAGAAAUGCUGCUGAGAAAUUUCUGGCCAAAUUUAGUAAUAUUUCUCCAGAGAACCACAUUUCUUUAACAAAUGUAGUAGGACAUUCUUUAGGAUGUACUUGGCAUUCCUUGAGGAAUUCUCCUGGUGAAAAGAUCAACCUACUGAAACGAAGCCUCCUUAGUAUUCCAAAUACAGAUUACAUCCAGCUGCUUAGUGAAAUUGCUGAGGAGCAAGGUUUUAAUAUAACAUAUUUGGAUAUAGAGGAACUGAGUGCCAACGGGCAGUAUCAAUGUCUUGCUGAACUGUCAACCAGCCCCAUCACAGUCUGCCAUGGUUCCGGUAUCUCCUGUGGCAAUGCACAAAGUGAUGCAGCCCACAACGCUUUGCAGUAUUUAAAGAUAAUAGCAGAAAGAAAGUAAACUUCGAACACCUUUGAAAAUCCUUCAGUAGUACUUACCCCUUCACAAGUAAAACAUGUACUAUAAUGGUUUGGGUUUAUGUGUUGUUUCUAAAUCUCUUCAUAGAUGCCAUCAACACUCAAGAUUUAAUUAUCUCCUAGUAGUUGUUAUUAAGCUCUUUUUAAUGGCUUCACCUUUGUAUUGGUAUAUUGUAUUUAUAAACUUUGUACCACAAGGCAGAGUGUAGCACCCAUUUUAUAGUGCCAUGCACAUCAGGGGAGGAAUUGCAUGUUUGUUGAUGAUGAUGAUGAGAAUGAAAUAAAACUGAUAGCAACAGUCUUACUGGUGCUUAAACUCUUAUUUGCAGAAGGCUUUGUAAAGGGAAUUUGAGGGAGGCCUUUGAGAAUGAUUAGUGUGUUGAGGGACAGGACUAACAGGCUUUUGAAUGUGAUUAUUAAAUUUCAGGGAACAGGAUUGUUCUGUUGCAUAUUUGAAUCCAUGUAAUAAAGAGCUACUAUAAUGGA